CCAAACGAGUUAUUUUGAAUCAAAUAACCCAACAUGAGUUAUUUGGGCCCAAAUAACUCACGCAAAUAACCUAUCCAAACGACCCCUUGAUUUAUUUUAGUUAGAGGUAUAAUAUCAUGGUUCUUUGGGAUCAAAUGAACUAAAAUGAGCUUGGGGGAUGGGAAUUUUAGCUAAGUGAAGCAGUGGAUUAUAUUUUGAUAAACUCAACUUUAUGAUUAACUGAAAGAAUAUUUUGUGUUAGACUCAGUGGUAUUGAGAUGUUCAUAAAUCGUUUAAAACUGAUCCAAGAUCAUGGAUUGAUAUUGGUUAGUUGAUUGUGGUUUUGAGGAAGGUGUAUUAAAAAUCAUGCCAGGAGUUUGCAGCAAGUGAAGGCAGUGAAGAGGGAGUUGGUCAGGUAGUGAUCGAACCAAUGAGGGUAUUGAAAGACACGAAAGCAAAACCAAAGCAGUUGAAGAGAGAGAAGUGGUAGAUGAUGAGGAUAUUAAUGAAAAUGGAGAGGGUAUUGAAGGGCGUGGAAGUCAACUGGAUCAGGUGAAUGCAAAGAAGGAUGUGAUCAACAUAUUUGAUGGAAUUGAAGAUGAGUGUUGGUUUUACGAGCUUAUUAAAAGUUCCCCCGAGGAAGAUGUGUUGGUCAAAUACAAGAAAGAGGAUUGAGGAGUUGGAGAGCAAGUUGACAAAAGAAGGUUCAUCAAAGUAGCAUAAAAGGAGUUGCAGAAGUAGGGAUGGCAAUGGGGCGGGUUUGGGGCGGGUUUGCUUAAACCAUCCCCAUACCCAUCUUCAAAUACCCAAACCCAUACCCGCCCCAUACCCAUGCGGGGGAAUGUUUUGCAAACCCAUCCCCAUACCCGUGGGUUUCGGGUACCCAUGGGUAAUACCCAUACUCGUACAUCCAACAUUAUUAUACCUAAAACUUACAAGAAAAGUUCUAAUUACAAUUCUAAACGAACAUAUUAUAUCAUGAAGUCAAUAAAACACGGUCAUUUUUUAAUAUGGUUCAAAGAUUAUGAUCCUAAAGUAUCCAUUAGUACAUAAUAUAGAGUAUAAUAUUUUUCAAAUUAUUAUGUUCUAACUCUGAUACAUCUACUAAAUAAUAAUUAACUAACAUAAUCUUGUUGACAAGGGGAAAGUGAAAGAGUGAAAUGAGAAUUGAGAGAAAUGAAUUAGAUUUUGAUUAAGGUGGUCAAUCAAUUGCAUUUCUACUAUUUAUUUUUUCAAGUUAUCCUCAUCGUCAUUGAUGGAUUAUAAUUUGAUGCACAUAUUUUUUUUAUAUAUGAAGAAAUUAUCUUGGUGGGGCGGGUAUGGGGAUGGGUAUGGGGCGGGGGAGGCUAAAACCAUACCCGCCCCAUACCCAUCAAACUUUUUGCGGGUUUUACCCAUACCCGCCCCAUACCCGGUCAAAGCGGGGAUUCCCCGCGUUGACUGGGUCGGGGGCGGUCGGAUACCCGCGGCCAUGGGUUUGAUUGCCAUCCCUAUGCAGAAGGAGGAUUAGAAAGUGAAUUUUGCUAUGAAACAUAUACGUCUUGGAAUUGAAGAUGGACGGGAUAAAAAGUUGGUUGUACAACGGAGAGCGACGAAAAUUGUAUCUUUAGGUGUUAUGGUUGUUGCAGCUAACACAACCUAUGUUUAUGUGAAAACGAGGAUUCAUUGAUUAAUUUACUAAACUUAAGGUUGAUUCUCUAUUUAAGCUACUGGAAUCUAUAGAUAAGGAGUGUCUAAUUUUGUGGCUCAUUACUUUGAUUGAGUCUAUUAAUAUAUUGGAUGUAAACCUAAUUUUCUCGUUGCUCUCAAGUUUUGAUUGUCUCUUUUUAGCUGAGUUGUUAGCAUAUGAUUUACUUGAAUCAACAACUCUUCAUUACUGUUUUUUAUAAAUCCAUUUUGUUUUUAUUAGUGGCAUGUUGUUCCUAGUAGGAAAGACAAUGGGGCAGGUCGGGGGGGGGGGGGGGGGGGGGGGGGGGGGGGGUUUCUUGGUACCCGGACCCGCCCCAUGGUAGGUCGGGUCCAGGUUGGGUAAUUUAUCACGGGUCGGGGCAGGUCGACCCAUUGGGUAUGGAAUUUAUAUGAAAAACAUUAGUAAUAUUCGUUAUUUUUAUUAUAAGAUCAAGAAAACAAAUAAUAUUAUGAUAAAUUUAGUUAAUUUUUUGGAGAAAUUGAGGUUUUCACUAAUUUACAACUUCAUUAUAGUUAAAAUAUGAUGCAAUAAAAGGAAAAUCCUACGGGUCGUUUGGAUGCAAUAUUUUGAUGAGGUAUUUCGAUCGAAAUAACUCAUUCUGAGUUAUUUCGAUCGAAAUACCUCGUUUGGCUUCAAAAAUAAAUUGAGUGGUAAUUUAAGAUGUGGCAUUUGAAAUGAUGCACAAGUGAGUUAAUUCAAAUACUUGGGGGAGGAGUAGGCAAUUGAAAUACCGGAUCCAAUGACUACUUUUGUGCCUUUUCUGUCCCUGCUUAUUUUUGUAAACCCGAAACUGACCCCAUCUCUAUUUUGUCCUUUUUCGUGCUCUCUUUAUAUCACCCCAUAUCUAUUCUUUCCUUAUUUCUUCUACAGCGACCAAACCAAAAGAGGCGCGAAGGAACAGAAAGGUUUUCGGAGGCCGCGUGGGAAUCAGUGGGAAGGUCGUCGGUGAUCAGUGGGAGGCUCGACGACGGUCAUUGGGUUCUGGGCAGUUGUGUUUGAUGUCUUCAGAGAUAGACUUCAAUCAAAACGUACCAUGUUUGUCAUCUUUCUCUUUUUAAGGGUUGUUCUAGGUCACACUGUUAUGUUUGGCGAAGGGUUUGUCAUACCUUUCCUCUUCUUGUUUUACUCUGCAUAUGCUGUGUGUGCUGGUAAUAGAUUUAGUUUUAGGAUUUAUUUAUUAUGUUGUUCAGAUUAGGGUUUGGAUUUGGCUAAAUUCAUUGAUGUGUUGGAAGACCUGACUUGUUUGCUAAAGCUAGAUGUAAAUAUUUCUUUCUCAACAAAGGAUUCAUCAAUCGAUUUGUGGAAUAUAUGAGUUGUAACUUAAAGGUGAGACAAAAUUAAUUAGGUAAACAGAAGCUACUAGCUAGGGUGGUUUGGACAGUUCAGACGCUAUUCUCCCCCCUGUUUCGCUGAAGGAGCUUCUCACUUAGAGCUCUGCUUUGUAAUUUCUUGGCUUUAUCCCUCCCUCCAAUAAAAAAACUUGAGAAUUUUAUCCAUGAUUUCAUGAAUAGCUUUCCUUUGUCACUGAUCUUGUACUAUCUCCUGACUUUCACUGAUUUUGUGCUUGGAUUGAUUUUGUUCUUUAUCACUGAUUUUGUACUAUCUCCUGACUUUCAAGAGAUGUCGCGAUUGUCAAUGUUGAAUUCAACGCGUAGGCGCCAAGUGAUUGCUGCCAUUAGCUGCUUUAUGAACCUUGUUUCGAUUUAUGUGAUUUUAGGCAUGAGACUAUCCAAAAUUUUAGAAAACCGUUACAUGAACCCGAGACUUGGUAGGCAGCGAAUGGACACUUACACUGUGAGGCACUAUGAUAGACAAAGACACUUGAACAACGCAACUAGAAUUAGUGAUAUUUAUGCCUUUGACCAAAUUAGGAUGAACCGUACACUUUUCAUAAGGUUGUGUGAGGUUCUUGCUCAUGAUGGAGGGUUGAAAAAAACUAGGAAUGUUGAUAUUGACGAGAUGGUGUAUACCUUUCUUCGUACUAUUUCACAUAACGAGAAAAAUAGGACGUUGCAACUUAAUUUGCGACGAUCCGGUGAAACCAUAUCUCGGUCAUUUCACCGUGUUUUGAAGGCUGUCAUAAGAUUAAAUGAUCAGUACAUGAUGAAGCCUGCUCCUAUUCCAGAGGACUGUACCAACAGUAGGUGGAAACAUUUUAAGGUCAAUCUUUAAACCUUGUUUUCAGUUCUUUCCUCCUUCAUUCAAUGCAUUGUUUUGUUUACCUGAAAGUCUGCUAUUUCUUUUUCGUAGAAAUGCUUAGGGGCCCUAGAUGGAACUCAUAUUGAGGUUCGACCUUUGAAGGAAGAUCAACCUAGAUUUCGAGAUAGGAAGCAUAAGCUGUCCAUGAAUGUAUUGGGGGUUUGCACUCCAAACCUAGAAUUUGUCUAUGUUCUUGCUGGUUGGGAAGGUAGUGCCCAUGAUAGCAGAGUGCUCAAAGAUGCCCUCACUAGACCAAAUGGUCUGACUCUGCCGGAAGGUAACCAGUGCACUAGUUAAUAAAUAAUAAUGAAGUAAUAGAAAUAGACCCUCAUUUCAAGAACCUAAUAAACCUACUGUUUCAAUGAAGGGUGUUUUUAUCUUUGUGAUGCCGGGUAUGCAAAUUCUCCUGGUUUUUUAACCCCAUAUCGCGGUCAAAGAUAUCAUCUCAAAGAGUGGGGUGCAAAUCCGCCUCUCACAGCAGAGGAAUACUACAACAUGAAGCAUGCUUCAGCUAGGAAUGUAAUUGAGCGUAUUUUUGGGGUUCUAAAGAUGAGAUGGUGUAUUCUAAGGAACGCAACUUGGUUCACCCCAAAGGAGGUUGCACGAAUAGUUGUUGCUUGCUGCAUCCUGCACAACUUCAUCAAGAAGGAACAAGGAGCUGACUCUUGUGAGCGAACUUACCGGGACCGUGAACAUGAGCUUCAUGAAUCGGAUGAGGUGGAAACAAUUGUGGGUUCUAGCAUGGAACCGUGUGCUGCGUGGACUCAGUUUAGAAAUGAAUAGGCUGUUGCGAUGUGGGAAAAUAGGACAAAUGUGUAGUUGUGUCCUUAGAUGCAAGUAUGGAACCUUUCGUAGCUGGUGGUCAGAUGUAUUAAAAGUUGUGUCUUGUAACUUAAAUUAUGUGUGGAACCUUUCGAAGCUUUAAAUUUUUAGUACUCUGCAUUUGUACCAUUGGAUUGUUGCCAUUAUUAAUGAAGAAAGUUAGUUGUUAUGGAAUUCAUUGUCCACUCAUAUUUGAUGCCCAUGUUUGCAGCAUGCGAAAGAAGAAAGCAGUUGUUGCCGCUGCAGGUUCCCGAUCGUACACUUACUGGGAUAAUCGACAUGAUGCUGCAUUCCUAGAGUGCCUGUUGGAGUUGACGGAGAAGGGGCAGAUUGAAGCUGGAACUUGUAAGAAUGGUGUAUUCUAUGAGCUAGAGCAUAUGAUGGAAAUGAAGGUGCCCGGAUGUGGUGUGAAGGCGAAGCCUACAAUAAUGAACAGAAUUAAGAGACUGAAGAAUUGGUACCAUGCAACUGUAUUGAUGCGCAAUCAGAGUGGCUUUGGAUGGGAUGUGGAGAACUCAUGCAUAGAUGCACACAAAGAUGUUUGGGAACCAUUUAUUCAGAAAAACCCAACCUGCAAGUCAUUCAAUCGAGUUCCUUUCCCCCAAUUCUUUGACCUUGCGCCAAUAUUUGCAAAUGGUCGUGCUACUGGGGAUAUGGGCUUUUCAGGUAAUGAUCCUCAAAUCCUGUCCGAAAGUGGCUCGGAUGAUGAUGAGGAGACCCCAAUCAUGUUGGAUGAAAUGAACAGCCCCGCAACAGAUGAAGUAAUGGCCAACAUCAUUAAUGAUGGGGUGGAAGCCAGAGCAAAAGAGUCUAGAAAGCGACCUGCAGCACCUUCAGCAGUUGGUCCGUCUGAUAAAAGGAAGAAAGGCCAAUAUCAGGUUGAUGGAAUGGCUACUGGUUCGUCUGAUAAGAAGAAGAAAGGACAAGCAGUUCAAGCUGAUGAUGGACUUGCCGCUGUUACGACUGAGAUGAAAGACUUGACGCCAUUGAUUAAGCAAUCAGUAGACACCAUAGCUAGUGCCUUGGGGCAGAGUGAGGAGCAUCAUGUUAUGCGGAGGGACUUGAUGAAGCAUUUGGAUGAGUUGGAAGGCCUUAGCACAGUUCAAAAAGUGCUCGUGUUUAGGAGGCUGAACAAUAAUCCAUCUGAUUUGAAGAGUUUCUACGACCUAGAUAAAGAGAACAAGUUGACUCUAGUGCUCGAUAUCCUAUCACCUUGAAUGCGAAGGAGUAGACCAAACUUAUAGUAUGUGUAGGUACCCGUCUAGUUUGCAAAGGUAGUGUAUUUUGUCUGUCAUUGGGAUGCACUCACAAUGACAGCCUUUGCAAACAUAUGACAGCCUAUUAAGGGAUUCAGACGCCGAUGAAUGAUAUUUAUCAGUGUUUGAUUUUUGUUGAGCCUGUAUAUGAUGGUUCAUAACUAGUUGUAAAGAAUGAUUAUGUUUAUGAUGAAUGUACAUGAUGUCUCCUGUAAAUGAUGCUCAAUUUAAAUGAUGAAGUUUAAGGAUGUUGAAUGUAUAUUAUGAAUGUAAUGGUUGUUUAAUGUAAAGGCUGAUGAUCGUGAUGGAAGUUCAUUGAAAUAUGCAGUUGCUAUUUGUUUUGUUUCUAGGUGUGUUGUUUAGUUCAUGGCAUGUAGUUUUUUUCUGUUGGGUUUUUACCAGGUAUGUUGAUUGGUCAAUGUCAAAACAGAGGAAGAAUGUUAGACCUUAAUUUGGUGUAGGACACGUCGAGUUUUGAAAGUGGAAGAAGUAGACAACAAACUUUUCUGGAAAAAUCAUACUGGAGGAAGGAGGGAUGGAAUCAUGGAAGCAAUCUUACACAGGCUUGAGAGAGUCGGAAGAUGAAAAGAGUAGGUAGGAGAGGGAAAUCAAUAAAGUAAGGGCAAAAUA